UUAUAUAUAUAUAUAUAUAUAUAUAUAUAUAUAUAUAUAUAUAUAUGAUUGAAUAUAUCAUAUAUAAAUUAUGAUAAACUUGCCAUAUGAUACAGUAAAAUUAUGUAGUACUGAUUAUAGUAGCUUUAGAAGUACAUAGUAAUAUAACAAUUCUAAUGCUUGUCAUUUUUUAAAUGAUGCUAUUAAAUUCAAAAGAUAGCAGCGAAAUAUUUUCCUAUUUAAGCCGCCUGAACUUAAUAAAACGACCAAUAUUUAUGAAACUAGAAUUAAAAAAUUAUAAUUGCCGGUAAAGAAAACAAAAAUUGUAACAAUAAAAUCAAAAUAAAUGUACAACUAUUAUAACAAAUCAAGUAUUGUAUACUUGUAAAGGAUAUUACUAUAAAAAAUUGUAGAAAAAUUUACAGAUAGAUAUUUACAGAUAAUUUAUAUUUAUAUAUUUCUAUAGUAUGAUAUAUGUGAAAAGAAAAUGAAUAUAAGGACAUACAUAUCUGAAAUAAGUUUUAAUGAAACUUAAUACGAUCUCCUCUCAGAAGACUUUCAUUUAUUUUUAAUCAUUUUAUGUGUCAUUCAUUCUUUUCUCAUGUCUUCUAAAUUUUUGUGUAUUUGUAAUCAAAUAAUACAAUGAAUAAGCUUGCUGUAACAUUUGUGACAUAUUUUGCAUUAGUACACAUCUUCCAAGAAAUAUCAGCUUAACAUAAUCUAAGAGCAAAAUGAGCAGUAUUUGAAUUUAUAUUUUGACAUAGAUAAUACUGUGGUUGAAAAGGUUAAUUAACCUAUUUGAUUUAACAUAAAUUAUAUUCCUUAAUAAUGCCAAAUGUAUGGACUGGGAAAGAUACUGAAAAAUUAAUAGCACUCUAUGGACAAUAUCAAUGUUUGUGGAAUCCAUUUCAUCUUGAAUUCAAUAACACAUUGUCACGUUAUAAAGCAUACAACAAAAUAAAAAACUCCAUUAAUAUCCCUGGAUUAACGAUAUGUGAUUGCAUUGAGAGAAUUACAAAUGUAAAGAAAGAAUACUGUUAUGAACUAUCAAAAAUCACUGCAGCUAUAUUUUGUGAAAAAUUGUAUGUACCAAAAGCAGAAUGGUUUGAAAGAAUGCAUGUACUCUUUUUUCCAUAUAUGCCGACAUCUUUCUAUAAUGAUUUUAAAAAGGUAUAUCAUGAUUUAUUUUUUAUAGAAACUGCUAUGGAAUUGGAGAAAGAAAUACAAAAUUUAAUAACAAAAGCGCGAUUAAAAACUUUAGAGUCUAAAUUGAUGGAUCAGAAUGGCAAUUCAGUCUGCUGUUGUAAUUGUAGCGAUUGUAAAGUAAUGUGUAAAAAUGAAACUUGUAGUUGUGGUUUAACAUUAAAGGAAUGUUUAUUACUAACAAAGAUCAAAAGAAAUAAGGGAUUUGCUACAAAUAGUAGAUAUUAAAUCUCAAUAAUAUUGAGAUAUUGAAUUAAUCGCAAGUAAUAUUUCUAGUUUAAAUUAUAUUAUUUAAAAAAAUUAGGUUUUUACACAUAAGUGAUAUAAAUUGUAUACACAGAUAAUUAAUAAAUUUGCUGAUAAAAUAUUAAUAAAAUGAAAAACUAGGUAA